UAGCAAUCACUCACACUUUGGAGCUAGAUCUUGCCGUCCUUUGGCAGCCCUCGUUCGCUCGAACAAAGGCAUUUUGCUGCCAGCGGCCACAAGCAGCUUCGCAAGAGGGCAGAUAUGCCCGUCUCACCACUCCUUCUUGCAUCGCUGCUCCUCUCCGUGGUUGUCACAUCCCAAGGCCACGCUCAGGCUAACGCACGGAACUCACACUCCCCUUCGCAAGCAGCACUCGCCUGGAAUCCCGUGUCGGACCCUGCGGUCGACAUCUUUGCCGCUGCUCAAGGCGCGGCGCCGUUGGUGCUUUCUCGCAAUGAAGACGAAGAGAUCGCAGGUAGUAGCAGCGCUAAUCACACGGUCUGGACACCCUCCCUCAGACGCCAUGCCGGCGACCUUUACCCACAGCGUCGUACCUGCAAGAAGCAUCACAAAGGAGGCGGGCAGAGCGGAAGCGAUGGAAGCUCAAGUGAUGCUGCUGAUGGCAGCAGUAUUGGAAGUGGCAGUGCCUCUGGCAGUGGCUCAGGGAGCGAUAGCAGUAGCGGUGGACCGCCUUCGUCGAACAGCGGGUGGAAGCUCGUAACGAAGCACCAAGGCAAGACAUUUUUCAGCGGCUGGAACUUUUGGUCCUAUUCAGACCCGACUCAUGGCAUCGUCGCCUACCAGGACCGGGAAAGCGCAAUUUCAAAAGGGCUGGCGUACGUCGACGCGGGCGGCAACGCCAUCAUGCGCGCGGACAGCUGGACCGAUCUGGAAAAAGGUGUUGGGCGGCCGUCCGUGCGCAUUCACUCGAAGAAGACGUAUGACGAAGGACUGGUGAUUCUAGACGUGAACGCCAUGCCCUUUGGCUGUUCUAUCUGGCCAGCCUUCUGGGGAAAUGGACCGGAUUGGCCAAAUGGUGGUGAAAUUGACAUCAUCGAAGGCGUCAACGACGGCAAGGUCAACCAGUACACCCUGCACACCUCGCAAGGCUGUACGCUGGACCCAAACUCAGACUUUAGCGGCAAGCAGCUGUCCACGAACUGCUACGCGCUUGCGCAUCAGAAUGCUGGGUGUGCGAUCAAGGACGCCAACGUGCACGGUGCCUCGUACGGCAGCGCGCUCAAUGCGGCCAACGGCGGGGUAUUUGCUACGCGCUUCGACUCGACCGGUGUGACGAUCUGGUUCUUCAACAGGAACCGUAUCCCAGACGACGUCAAGGCGGGCCAGCCAGACCCGGAUCGCUGGAUCGAGCAGGGCCUCAAGCCAUCGGCGCAGUACAAGAGCGGGACAUGCACGUUCAAGGACUACUUUUACAAGAUCAACUGGAUCUUCGAUAUCACAAUCUGUGGCGAGUGGGCCGGCGGCGUAUAUGCCUCCAGUGGCUGUCCAGGAACCUGCGCAGGGAGAGUCAUGAAGGGCGAGAAUUUCGCGAAUGCGGUUUGGAAUGUGACGUAUGUCAAGGUCUUCCAGCAGCUUCCGCAGUAGCAGCAAUGAGGGGUCGAAAGAUCGUACGCAUCCAGGGCACGAAGCAUUUUUGUGCCGUCUUUGGUUCUCCACUUCUGUCGCAA